AUGUUACAUUUUAAAGGAUGGCAGAGAAGGCCACCCACAAGCAAACAUUUUUUGCUUCUAAUUACGAGAUCGUUCCAAGUCUCUAGUUCGGUUUACCGUGCACCAAACAAAAAACGGAGGAACUUUAUUAAGGAAGAUGUAUUAAAGAAAGAGAAGUUCUUGAAACAUUACAAUAAACUCAAGGAUCACGAGGAUGAGGGUGAGACUUUUUAUGAUCCUGGAAAUACCUCACUCGACUUGAGCUUGCCCAAUGAUGUCUUAUUGAAAAAAAUCGUUGGAGAAGCAAGAAGCCGAAUGGAUAAACGAUUUUUCAAACCAAGUGAUGAGUGGCUUCGGGAGUAUAUUGAGCUAGCGUUGGAUCGAUAUGGAAAAGAUGUUAAAGCGUUAACAACGGAAUUUUCAAACAGUAUAGAAAAUUCUACAAUUUCUUUGACCAAACUAAAUGAUAGUAUUGGAUUAGGUGACAUUGUUACCUUAGAAAAUGAAGUUUCGAGAGUAUAUCUAAUAGUUGCUAUUCCCGAGAACUUAGAAGAUGAUUCUUUUACGUUCAUUAAUAACGAGGGGGAAAUAUUGUAUGGCCCAAAGUCGUUAAUCAAAGUCAGAAUACCAAGUGUUAUACCCGAAGACUUGACCGAAGUUAUAAGAGCAUUGGUUCAAAAAGAGACAAAACAUUUAGAUACCGCACCUAUAGGAGUACCUGACUCAGGAUUCACUAGAUCUCGAGAAGCAUUACCAGAAGAGCUCAGACAAUCAUAUUCUCCAGGAUCUGAGCAAGAAUCUUCGCAUGUAUCGUCAGCAGAAGGGGGAUCCGAUUUUUUGGUAUCAUCAGCAUCAGCCCAGCUUUUGAAGAAUUCUGAUGUUAAUACAUAUAUUGUGAGUUUAAAAGCUAGGGAGUUAAUAUCUGGACCGUUAUCAAAUCUCUCUAUCACUACAUUUAACGAGUUACCGUUAAUAUUAUCAAAAUUGGAAAUACUACAUAAAGUUUUGCAAUACAAUGAGGAUGGUGAUCUAUUAGAUUCACCAAGAACAUUCUCAAUAUUUCAAAUAUUGAGCUACCUAGAUCAAAUACCAUCAGUUAACUUGAACAAUGAAUCCACUAAAAAUAGACUGAAUUUUUAUAAAUCUUUACAAAAGAACUUCUCGAACCUGUUCAAGACACAAUUCCAUAAGACUGCAUCAUUAGGUAAACCAUUUCCAAAAAUGGAAGAAAUCAAAGGAGAAAAUGCCUAUAAGAACUCUACAUUUUUUGCAUUAAUAUUAGCAUUGAAAUAUCAAGGAAGACAAUGGAAAUUACUCCAGCAAAACUCAACUAAAGUUCCAACUGGAGUAGUAUUGUUACCAAUGAGCAAUGUUAAAAUCUUAGAAAGAACCAUACACUUUCUCAAUUUCUACGGAGGCAGGGAUAUCUUCACUAAAUAUGUUAUUAAGAAAUUAAAGAGGGAAAAAAAUGUAACUCUCCCGAAGUAUUAUGAUUCAAUUAUAAGAUUAUUCAAGGAUUAUAUCUCAGAUAACUUUUCAAAUGAUCCAGUAUCUGAGUCAGCUAUUGUUAAUUUAAUCAGAUCAAUAGAUGAAGAGCUCAUUAAGGAAGGGUUCCAAAAAAACAAUGAGAUAUCAAGAUCUUACGAAUACAGUAAAACCAGAGCAUUUGAAAUAUUACAGAUGAUGGAACUGGUGUUUAAAAAAGAGUCAUUUGGAUGGGAGAACCCAACCAAUUGGUCAUAUGCAUUACAACUACCCCAUAAUAAUACAUCAUUACUGAGUGAUUAUGGAUUGGAUUACUAUAACAUAUUAGAUACUCAUUUUAAAAAUGGUGAAAAUUUGUAUAAGCAAUUCAUGCAAGAUUUCUAUAAGGAGGAUCCGUUUAAAUCUAUAAGAUCUGAUUUUGGUGAUAUACCAGUUUACUGUAUUGAUUCCGAGACUGCUCACGAGAUCGACGACGGGAUAUCAAUACACGAACAAUAUGAUAAAUACGUUAUUACAAUACAUGUUGCUAAUCCAACAUCAUAUAUCAAGCCAUUUUCGAAUUUGAGUAAAAUAGCCUUUAGCAAAGGAUCCACGACGUAUCUACCAGAAGGACCAUCGAUGAUGUUUCCCAAAAUAAUCAGUGAAAUGGUUGGGCUAGGCCAAUUCAAAGAAGGGUCAAGAACAUUUGCGGUUCAGUAUAAACUUGAUAAGGAAUUAUUUGAUGAAUAUGUCAAAAAUUAUAACCAGGAUGAGACCUUUAAACCCAAUAAAGAAUUCAGUCAACGAGUUUUAAAGCAGAUUGAAGACUCUAGUGAUAUAAAGUUAUAUCAAGUUAAGAACUUUCCUCCAAAUUAUACUUACACUAAAGUAAAUGAGAUUUUGAACGAUUUUGAGAAUAUUCGUAAUUUUAAAGACGGGAAAGUUGGUGAUCAACACGUUGAUAACCUAUUCAAAUUGCAUCGAUUAUCGAAUAUAAUUCGCGAUAUACGAAUUAGUAUUGGGGGUGGAAUUGAUAUCAAUUCAUCGAAUUCGAGUGUUGGAGUUGAAUUCACAGAAGAAGAAGGAGAAAAAUUCAUCAAUAAUGGAGAUGAGUACAUAAUCAAAGUACCUUGGAAAGAUGGGAAAAGUCCAGUAAUCAAGAUUAAUAGUAAUGACAGUCAAAGUAGCGAGAGUAAAUCUCAAAGUCUAGUAUCCCAAUUAAUGAUUAGUGGGAAUUAUAGUUCAUCAGUCUAUGCUAAAAAACACAAGAUUGCCAUUAUUCAUCGGGGCCAAGAGAUAAAGGUUGACGAUAAAGUAUUACUGCUGAUCAAUAAGAUGGUGAGUGAGAAAUAUUCAUUAGGACAAGGAUUCAAUUUGAAAGAAAUAUCACAAAUUUUACAAAUAUUAAAUAAUGCAACAUUUCAAAUUGAUGCAAAAAGCCAUAAUUCAAUUGGACUUACGAGCUAUUCAACGAUAACUUCGCCAUUACGAAGAUUUGUUGAUAUGAUCAAUCAUUGGAGAUUAGAACAAGAAUUAAUGAAAACGAGCCAAUCGCAAGAAAUUAAAGAAUACCAUUUGAAAUUCAUUGGUAAUCAUUUACAAAUGAGAGAAAUAAUAAAUAAGAAAUUUGAAAAAUUUCUGGAUAAAUUUUGGCAAUCGAUAUUCUUACAAGAAUAUUUCAAAUUAGGACAAGUAAGUAAACCGAUUAGGUUUAAAAUUUUGAUAAAGAGUAAUCCUAAUUUUGGAGACGUCAGGGUUGAAAUUGUGAAAUUUGAGUCUUUAAGAGCUAAAUUUGAAAGCAGCCCAAGUUUAAUUAAAGAUUACCAAUUGGGUAAGAUUAAAGUUGGUUCCAUCAUUGAACAUGAAUUGGAAAUCAGCAAGCUUGAUUUCAUUGAAGAUGAAUUAGUCUUGAAAUAUGAACCUUGUAAAUAA